AUGAGUUUUGGAGGAGCUAGCAUCGGCAAUUCAUCUGAUUCAAUUUUUUGUGUUGUUGAUUUCCCCCCUAUGGAGAAUCAACAGAUUAAUGAAGAUCUCAUUGACUAUCUUAGGCAAACUUAUUACCAAGUGAAUCAGCCUUCAUUGGGAAGAGUGUUUGACAUAAAGGCUACAGCAAAAGGCAAAUUUGAGAUUGUAGAACAUCGUCAUAAAAACAAUACUUCUUUCCAUGAUAAAAUUUUCAUUCUUUACAAACCUAAAAAAACACCAUUGAUGCCUUCGUUAUUGUCAGCAAUUGUCUAUUUAACAAAUUACGAGGAGGUAAUGAAUGGUCAAUUAUUGAUAGGAGAUGAUAAAGUUGACUUUACUUCUUUAUUACUUGCACUUUUAUUAAAUAAACUCCCAAAAAUGUCAGGAAUUUGUUUGUCACGUCUUACAGAAGAGCGUAAACAAUGGAGGAGAGACCAUCCAUAUGGCUUUUAUGCAAUGCCAGUUAAGAAAGAAAGUGGAUUAGAUAUGAUGACAUGGAAAGUGGGAAUUCCAGGAAAAAAAGGCACGCUAUGGGAAAAUGGUCUUUACAAAAUGGUCUUGAUUUUUCCAGAAGGAUGGAAACCUGGUAUUAACAUUAAACAGAUCUUGUUAGGAAUCCAAAAUCUUUUAGAUGAACCAAAUCCCAAAAGUCCUGCACAUAAUGAAGCUUAUGUUUUAUACAAGAAAAAUCGUCGCGAGUAUGAAAAACGAAUAAGAAAACAAGCUGAAGAUAAUUCUGAAAAAAAUGAUUAA